AUGUCUGAUAUACUUAGUAUACCCUCGGUGGAAACAGAAGACGGAGUCGUGCAGUAUCUGAUUCAAUUGAAGGUACCACUACGUCAGAUCAAUGUCAAUCGAAGGUACUCUGAGUUCCAACAGCUAUUGGAACAACUCAGUAGCGAGGCAGGCAUUAAAAGCUCGGAUUUCCCUUAUAAGUUACCCCCAAAGAGAUGGAUCAAAUUAAACACAGAACUGCUCAUAGAAGAAAGACGUCGUGAAUUAGCACAGUUUUUGAAUCUGUUGAUCCGAGAUCCAGAGUUCCAGAACAACGACCAUGUUCGAUCGUUUCUUAGACUACCUCAAAGCUUUAGAUUCACAGCUGCCGUAUUCAAGCAACAGAAUAGGGAAGGCAAUAAUAAUGAUAUUGUUGAUCUCAAUUCUAUAAAUAUAGAUAGUUCUGUGUGGUUAGAGGUUGUACGUUUGACGGAUUCUCGUAUAAGAACCAUUGGUAAUGAAUUGAAGACUAGCACCGACACACUGUACACCAUAUCUAUUCGACAAGAGAUGAUGCGUCUGAUUCGACCUACUAUAGAGAAACUACAGAAAACCUUGGUCGAAAAGGAGUUGUCAUCCAAUGAAUACAGAAGACGUAAGGCGUUGCUUACUAGACUACAGGAAAGCGUACAGUUGCUUUCUGAAGACUUGAACAAGAGCUUCCAGCCACAACAGCCACUGCAAAAAGAUUUAAAUGAUAGACAUACAUUAUUGCUGAGUGGAUCAAGACCUGGAGGCAGAAGAGUAUUAGGUGGACCAAUAGAAGAAACGAAACAGACUAUGGCAUUGAAUAGCCAGGAACUACUACAACUUCAAAAGCAAAUUCAGAAUAAUCAAGAUCAAGAGGUCUUACAAUUACGAGGAGCCAUUGCUCGUCAGAAGCAGAUAAGCACAGCCAUCUAUAAUGAGGUUGAAGAGCAGAACCAAUUGCUAGAUAUGUUGCAUUCGGAUUUAGAUGUCUCUUCUGAUAAGCUAGCUAAAGCCCGAGCUAAGGCUCGGAACAUUCUUUGA